AUGAAUUUUGAUUUGGAGUACAUAUACGAGCACUAUGUUGAGUCAUCCGACGGCUCGUCUCACGAGGAUGAGAACUCGGAUGAGACGGCGAUGAUGCAAGCGGUCUUUGAAGACGCGGAGCAUGAGGAGGAGCAUGUUCUCAAUUUCAAGGGCUCGAUCAAGGGUCAUCGAGUGUUCAACCGCAACAGGUCCUAUGAUGACUAUUUCAUCUUGAAGAAGGACGCCAUGGGAACGACUGGCUUCUCUGGUUACCAGAAGUGCAUAGCCGCACUACGAAUGCUUGCAUAUGACACGUUCGCUGAUUCGCGGGAUGAGUGCCCACGGAUGUCUGAGAGCACAUGCGGAUAUGUCAUGGUCAGGUUUGCAACUGUCGUGGUCGAGGUGUUCGGACCUCAGUACCCGAGAGAACUAAUUGUGGCAGACACCGAGAGGCUCUUGGCAAUCUCAUAA